AUGGAGGCUAUGGGAGAUGAGAACUGGAAGCUCUCAAAAGGUAGCGGGAGCGAGUACGGAAAUUGCAGCGGCGGCAGCCGGCGAAGCGGCGGCGGCGGUGGCUUCUUCGGCGGCGGGUGCGGGGCUCUGCGGAAAGGAGGCUCUUUUAGCCGGCGGUGCGCUUCCCUGGUGAAGGAGCAGCGAGCCCGGUUCUACAUCAUGCGGCGGUGCGUCAUCAUGCUCAUCUGCUGGCGGGAGUACCGCGACUGCUGA